AUGGCGGCUGACGCAUCUACCAUCCAACUUCAACUCACCGAGCGAGAACGCCAACUUAGGGAUCUUCUCAUUGGUGUUUCUAAAUUCAUCAACAUCAAUGAUCAACUGCCAGAACCACUGAUUUUGCGAUGGGCUGGUGGCUGGGUCCGUGAUAAGCUUCUCGGCACGACUAGUCACGAUAUCGAUGUGGCCAUCAAUGUUAUGACUGGCCUCCGUUUUGGCGAGAGGCUGCGAGAAUACUGCGAUGUGCCCGAACUUGCAUCGCGGCAUGGUAUCGAGCCUGACGAUAUUGGUAACCUCCACCGCAUCGCUGCCAACCCUGAGAAAUCUAAAAAUCUCGAGACCACAACAGUAAAAGUCUUUGGACUUGACCUCGACUUCGUCAAUCUUCGCACAGAGACGUACGCCGAAGACAGCCGGAACCCUGCCAUAGAUUUCGGCACAGCCGAAGAGGAUGCUUUGCGGCGGGAUGCGACAGUCAACGCCCUGUUCUUCAACUUGCACACCGAGAAGGUCGAGGAUUUCACAGGCGGCCUAGCUGAUAUGCGUGACCGGCUCAUCCGCACACCUUUAGAACCAUUCCAGACUUUUAUGGAUGAUCCUCUUCGAGUUCUCAGACUGGUUCGUUUUGCCAGUCGGCUCGGUUUUGCCAUCGACCCAGCUGCAAGAGAUGUCAUGGCCGACCCAAAUGUCUUGGCUGCCCUGCGCAUCAAGAUCAGCAGGGAGCGAGUGGGUGUAGAGUUGGAGAAGAUGAUGAAGGAAGGCCAUGACCCCCAUCGCGCUCUUCAACUCAUUGACGAAUUGGGCCUCCACCAUGCUAUCUACACAGAUACUGCUCGUGCUGAUAUCCCUCAUCCAAUCUUGUCCAAAUGGCAUAUUGCCUAUGGGCUUCUGAGGCUUCUCGAGCGCAGCAAAGCACCGGGAUCCAUACAUGACGUCCUAGUUCGUACGGACGAGGAUGUAUAUCAUUCGUGGAUGUUAGCUUCACUCGUGCCCUAUGCGCAUCUAACCGACCCCCGCGCCGACGCUCUUAACAGAGGCCGCGAGUCACACUGGAAGCUGCAGGUCCUCAGCACUAUACUCCUCGAUGCCAUGGACCACCUGCCGGACUUCGAUAUCAACAAGGCCGCGUACCCGGCUGUCAUCGAGCUGGCGAGGCAGUAUGCCAAAGACCCAAAAAUUGUCCCCUCUGCGCAGAGGAUUCGGGCACGGCUAAUACGCGAGGUGUGUGGUGGAUAUAUGCAUGCCUCUCAGUUCCUCCUGGUCACAAAUGUGCUCUUGCAACAACUAAGCACCCUUGUCCAUGACUCAGGAUUCGCCUCUUCGCCGUAUCUGAAGGACAUCAUUCCGAUUUUUACAGAAACUCUCCGUGAUCCAUUCAUUGGACAGUUCCCAGCCCGACUGUCAAUCACAUUGGAUGGAUUGGCCCUCAUUGUUCGAGUUUGUUGGCCGAGAGUGUCGACAUCAGCAUAUGAGAGUGAGAUCAUCAGAGCACUAGCUGUCUGUUGGCUUUCAUUGCAUGACGACAGCGGAGAUGGUUCACACCGUGAGCUUUUAGACAAGUUGCGAUACACCGCCGAGGUGCUCUCAGCUGCUGUUGAAGCGACGGGCACAAGGCUGGACUUGAAGGUUGCACCUCUGGUGGCCAAGGAUGAAGUCUUGGGAGGCCUGUUCGACAACAGGGCAAAGCAGAUGUAA